AUGCGUACAAAAAAAUGGGAAAUCAUUGAACUUCCUGCGAUUGAUAUGCUAGAAUUCUUUUCAGAAGAGGAAUUAUCUGGCAUGUCGCUCCCGGCGGGAUUUUGCAUCCGAUUUUUUCGUCAUGACAUGCAUUUUUUGUACACGGUAGCUUCGAAUUAUGUUAAGCUGACUCGCGGUGUGUUAGACUACCUCCAAGAUUACAAUCAAUUGGGUCCUAACAAAAGCCGAAAUAAGCUUUUUAUUUGUAUUCAAUAUGACCGAAACAGGGAAUGUCUUAAUGGACCUCUUUGUCGUGAGGUUCAUUGCACCAUCCCACUUGAAACGGUGGAGGAUGCCGCCUUGUACAACGUUCCAAGCAAUGCAACGGGUGCCCCAAGUAUCGUCAAGGUUCUCCCAGGGUGGGAAAUACGUGAAAAAAAGCUCAACAGGGCACUUACCACACAGACAGGUGACAGUGCCAGUGGGGCCCCAGGGCCUGGGACGGCCUUGGAUGAACCAGAAACUACCCCCUUGGAUACCUUGGCCGCUUCAGGUAGUCUAGUGGAUGUUAAUGGAUCCACUGAUAGCGUUAUUUACCUACCUUCGAGCACCAUACUACGACACUCCUUACAUUCUCGUUGGACCUCAAAGAAGAUGUAUAGGACCUUCGACAGUGGUGUGCUUUUUAAGGUAGCGUUACCGAACACUCCAACUCCUGUUGAUACAUACGACAGUGGCGAGCUGUUUAUUACCAAAGGGGCGUUGGAAUACUACGAGCAAUGUGUUCGCAAGGAGACAACAACAGUUACUAUGCAGCACUGCGCUCAUUACUCUAAAAACGGUAUCUGUUGCUUUGGUGAGGAUUGUCAGUUUGUGCAUGUGCUGCAUUACAACCCACGAGAGCGAGUCGAAAACGGCGACAGCUUGAAUUCGGAUGUAGACCAGGGCUCGACAGCCUCUAGUGAGAGGAAAACGUCAAGAGGGAAAAAGUUUACUAACUCGAAGGUAGCACCUUUAACUGUGAAUCAAAUCAACAAGUGCUUUCAAAAUGUGGAUACAUUGUCGUCUUCACAUCCGUCCAGCUCUACUCAGAGCACUUCCAGUCUUUCAAGGGGAUCAAGGGCGGCCCCACAGGCGGCGUCUCAGCCAGUCAACAAUCUUGUCUUCGUACCGCCGUCAAUGAUGUGGGUCCCGCUUGAGACAACCUCAAACUCCUUGUUUUCAAACCAGCAGGGACCUUUAAUAGUACCUCCUCCGAUGUUGUCUACCCCAACACCACCACUUUCGAACAACAUGUACAUGAUGACGUCGGGCCCUAACGGGGAAGCAUAUAUUGUACAACAGAACCCACCGGUGGUCCCGGGACCUCCGCAACAUAUGGGAACAGGUGGGAAUCUACCCCAGGGUUCACAGCAGCAGCAGCAAAUGUACAUGGUCCCUAUGCGGUAUUCAUAG